AUGUGCGAGAAAACCGAAAAGAUGUCUAGGUCUGGUCUUCUGGCAGUAGUUAGAACCCACCAGAGUGGCGCUAGUAUAGAUUCCUUACAAAAAUGCUGUGAUUUAUCCCAGCUUUGGUACAGAGAGUUUUAUCUCGAGAUGACUAUGGGCAGGAAGGUCAAUAAAUGCAUGGUCCGCCACCAACACAACGAAGAAUGCAGUGACCUGAUCACCAUGGAGAAGAGGAUCCAGUUUCCCAUUGAAAUGUCCAUGCCUUGGAUCCUUACCGAUCACAUUCUGCGCACCAAGGAACCCGCCAUGAUGGAGUGA